AGGCGUGUGUGGGGGGGAGAGAGGCAGGGAUGCAGGUGGGAGAGGCAUCCCUGAGCAUCCUCCCAGCCCUGGGCUCUCUGGGCUGGGAUCCCCUGGGCUGCAUCAUUGGCAUGCGGCGCCCGGCAGGACUGCAUCACUGCUAGAGGAGAUGCCAGCGCAGAGCCUCGCCGCACCGCACGCCGCGCUGCGCCGCCCGGGCAGCACCACCACCACCGACAACUUGGGGAGCCCAAGUACCUGGAUGCGGUCGCAGCGGGAUGAGCGGCUCGGCUUGCAGAGCAUUUACUUCUAAUCUCCGGCUUGUGACAUCCUAGCGGAAAGGGGAGACCCUUUCAGGAGCAGCUCCGGGGGCUGGAAGGAGGGGAAAUGGCUGGUGAAAGGCUGUGAUGAAGUAUUUCCUAGUUCUGGACAUGACCUUCAGCAUCACAAUGAAUCCACAGGAAAAACCUGUCAAAUCCUCCUAGCUCCCUGGCUGUGCAACUUGUUCUUCCCUUGCUGUUCACCAGACAGCAGCUCUUCCCACCCGAAGCUCAGAAGAAGCCAGCAAGUCACAAAUGACAGCUGAAAACUGAAGCGUUAUCAGAAACUGUGUGAGACUCUGUCAGAAAGAAACUUUAUAUAGUCAUUCUUCUUCUGAGCCUGGGAAGCUGUGUAUCCCAUCAGUUCCAAAGAACAGAGUAGAUAUGUUCAAGUAACCAACACCAGAAAUUGCAGAAAUCAAUACAUCUACUAGAGUAUCUACACACAGUGAUCUAUAGCAUUUAGAAAUCUCCAUUCAGAAUGGAUGAUGGAUAUAGAAACACAAACCUCUACCAAGGGGGCAGGGCAACAAACCAAGUCUCGGAUGACUACAGGUACCAAGAUGGUAACUAUGAAGGGUAUGCACCCAAUGAUGGCUACUACCGUGGUGGGGAUGAGCCUGCUCAUGAAGAAGAUGCCCAGAGCGAUGUUACAGAAGGCCAUGAUGAAGAUGAUGAGGUCUAUGAGGGGGAGUACCAAGGGAUCCCGCACCCAGAUGACAUUAAAGAAAAGCAGAAGAAGCGAGGUCCUGCUGUGGAUGAUGAGUACAGAGACCGUGCUGACCUUAUGGCAGAGAGGAUGGAGGACGAGGAGCAGCUUGCCCACCAGUACGAGAACAUCAUUGAGGAGUGUGGCCACGGACGCUUCCAGUGGACCCUCUUCUUUGUUUUAGGUUUGGCACUGAUGGCAGAUGGGGUGGAGGUGUUUGUGGUUGGAUUUGUUCUUCCCAGUGCUGAGAAGGAUAUGUGCUUAUCCAGUUCGAACAAAGGGAUGCUAGGCUUGAUAGUCUACUUAGGAAUGAUGGUGGGGGCUGUCAUGCUGGGCGGCCUCGCUGAUAAACUGGGAAGAAAGCAAUGCCUCAUCAUAUCACUUACAAUCAAUGCUGCCUUCUCGUUCCUCUCCUCCUUCGUCCAGGGAUAUGGAUUCUUCCUCUUCUGCCGCCUUAUCUGCGGCCUCGGUAUUGGGGGAUCCCUCCCCAUCGUGUUUGCCUAUUUCUCUGAAUUCCUAUCUCGUGAGAAGAGAGGGGAACACCUGAGCUGGCUUUGCAUGUUCUGGAUGAUUGGUGGCAUUUUUGCUUCAGCAAUGGCUUGGAGCAUCAUCCCACAUUACGGCUGGGGGUUCAGUAUGGGAACCAAGUACCACUUCCACAGCUGGAGAGUCUUUGUGCUUGUCUGCUCUCUGCCCUGUAUUGCCUCCCUGGUGGCACUGAAAUUCAUGCCUGAAAGUCCGCGUUUUUUGCUGGAGAUUGGUAAACAUGAUGAAGCCUGGAUGAUCCUCAAGCAAGUUCAUGACACUAACAUGCGGGCCAAGGGCGAGCCAGAGAGGGUGUUUACGGUUUCCUAUAUCAAAACUCCAAAGCAAGUAGAUGAAUUUAUUGAAAUCCAGAGCUCAACAGGGACCUGGUACCAGCGGUGGCUGGUCAGAAUCACAACCACUUUAAAACAGGUCUGGGACAACGUGCUAUAUUGCUUAACAGCCCAGUACAGGAUGAACACACUGAUGCUGGCUGUAGUUUGGUUUACAAUGGCCUUAAGUUACUAUGGCCUUAUUGUCUGGUUCCCUGAUAUGAUCCGGUAUUUCCAAGAAGAGGCAUAUGAAUCCCGAGUGAAGAUCUUUGAUGAGGAAGAAGUGUCACACUUCACCUUUAAUUUCACCCUGGAAAACCAGAUCCAUAGAAACGGAGAAUACAGAAAAGAUAAGUUUAUUGGCAUGAAAUUCAAGGAAGUGAGAUUUGAGGAUUCACUGUUUGAGGAAUGUUACUUUGAAGAUGUGACAUCCAGUGAGACCUUCUUUGAAAACUGCACCAUCAUCUCUACUGUCUUUUAUAACACUGAUCUCUACGAACAUAAAUUCAUCAACUGCAGGCUCAUAAACAGCACAUUUUUGGAGGAGAAGGAAGGCUGUCACCUGGACUUUGAGGAGGACAAUGAUUUCCUGAUCUACCUGGUCAGCUUCCUGGGCAGUCUGUCUGUGCUGCCAGGCAACAUAAUCUCUGCGUUGCUCAUGGACAAAAUAGGGAGGAUAAAGAUGAUCGGUGGCUCAAUGUUGAUCUCAGCAGUGUGCUGCUUCUUCCUCUUUUUCGGCAACAGCGAGUCAGCGAUGAUUGGCUGGCAGUGCCUCUUCUGCGGGGCCAGCAUCGCUGCCUGGAAUGCCCUGGACGUGAUCACUGUGGAGCUCUACCCCACUGACAAAAGGGCAACAGCCUUUGGCAUCCUCAAUGGGCUUUGCAAGUUUGGUGCCAUCCUGGGGAACUCAAUCUUUUCCUCCUUCGUAGGGAUAACCAAGGUGGUUCCCAUUCUUCUGGCUUCCUCUGCUCUGGUUGGAGGUGGCCUGCUCGCUUUGCGCCUGCCAGAGACUCGAGAUCAGGUCCUGAUGUGAGCAGCCAAGGCCAGGGGGGUCGGGGGGGGUUGGACGUAGAAGAAGAACAAAAACCAGAGCCGUGUUUGGAAAAAUCAAAAUGUCCUUUUUCUAAACUCUUGUGCCGAUACCUCAAAGAGAGAGGGCAAGAGGGAAAGCAGAGCCCAAAGGGAUAAAAACGAAACCCCUAGUUUCUGACCUUUUUACAGCCACGAGCGGUGCAUGCAGCUACUCCACACCCCUUGCAGAGCUUGGGUUUAACCCUGCCUACGCUGGGAGGCCACCCUCUCCCUCUCCACCCCGGUGUGAGGGCACAGGACACGAGCAGCGGCUUCGAACACGUGUGCCCCUGCGUGGGUGUGAGUGUGUCCAACACGGGAGGACAGAUCUGGACCCCCUUCCACGCCUUUGCCCAGCUGUGAGAUGCUGCCUGCCUUGCCCAGCACUCCCUGGCAAUUCCUAUCAGCUGUGCUUCGACACGAAGGGCAUCCAAGGGGGGAGGCAGGUAACAAACCUACUGUAGGUGAGCUCCAGCAACAGGGAUGAGAGCUACCAACAUGACUACUGACCCUGGCUGUUACCACCUGAACCACCCAAAAGAGUGGGAGAGUCUUGAUUUCUGGAGGAUAUGAGGGUGGGUGCUUGGCUCUCUCAGAGGAAUCAGGGUUUCAAAGUCCUUUGCUGUCUUCACUUGGGUAUCGAGAAUCACUAGGCACCUUCUUGGUCUGGGAGAGAAAUAUAUACAAAAUUUUAUAUAUAUACAUAUGUAUUUACACAUUCUUGCAAACAUACAUACACAGAUUGAAGUGGUCAGCUAUUGAAAUUCGCAAUUUUUAAUUUUGCACCCUUAAGAAGAUCUUAAGAGAGACACUAAAAACUAAUCCCACUAAUUCAAGAUUACCUGGAGUCACGACCAGCUUAGUGGCACUUCAUUCUUUAUAUCCAGACACCAAAUAUUUAAAUGUGUUAAUGGCUGGGAAUAUAUAUUUCUAUGAUGAUUAAGAGGUUUUUUCCUACAACUUUCACAGAGGAGAAACCGGUACGAUGUUGGAGCAUUCCACAAACCAAAUGUGUACAUAUUAUCCAGUGUAAAUAGGAGACUUUUUGUCUAAUACCUAGAGUAUGGUAACUGUGAAUUUACCAGCAUUUUAGCCAUAUUAUUUAAAGAAUAUGAUGCUUGAUUUUCUUAUAUACUCGGGUCUCAUUGAAACACUGUAAGCACAGUUACUUAAAGCCAUUUAACUUGUUACACAGGGAAUGCACGCAGCAAGAUUUCACUGUACAGGACAUUAAAUUCUCCAUUAAGUGGCACAGUUAAGUUGGAUAUCCUGUAAAGAUCAUUUUUUAAAUUCAUAUGCCCUUUUAAUCAUAAGACUUAAGUGGGUUGUGUAUUUUUGGAUAUUCUUUCUUGGGAAGCAGGAAUGAGAGGCAUGCUGUUAAAUUGCACACUGAAGCUCACAAUUGACUAGAUAGCGCUAAUUAGUCCCUUUCAACAAGCUCAGCAAUAGAUGAGAAUUGAUCAGAAACUGUCAUAUAAUGCAGGGAGUUUGUCCCACCAGGAUAUUUUGUGACAUAAAAAAAUUCUUUUGUACUUUUGCUAAUGAUCUUCCAAUUUACCUUUCCUUGGAUCCCUGAAAUCCAGCAGGACUGAAGUCUAACACGGCCACACUAACACACUCUACACUAACAGCUCACACGGGGACCAGCCCUAAGAAACUGGGGGAGUCACUGCUGGUGCUGCUCCAGAGGACAGAUGAAGGACACAGAGCAUGGUCAGAUCACAAAAAGCAAACCCUGGCCACCGAGGCAAAACCCUCUAAUAAGCAUCAUUUUUAUCAUUGUGUCAAUCAGGGAUAAGCGCUGCCGGAGCAGCCAGGCUACAAUGGGCUUUUUGGCAUUUUGGAGAUUUAUUCUGGGGUUUAUGAAAUUGAUAAAACCACAAGAUUCUGUAAUAACCGAGCUUAUUAUGGCUCAUUUCUUCAUUUUAUGGGUAGCUUGGGGCCUUCUUUUGAUUUCCCUUCAAAACAGCAAGGUUCCUUCUCUAAGGUAGGAGUGAAUGUAAUUAUGUCCUUUGGCAGCGGUUCACAGCUUCUGUUGAGAAUCACAGCCCAGAAUGUGUGGUUUUUUCUCUAAGAAUGUCUAGUCCUUUUGCAUAGUGAGAAGCAGCUAAAUAUGUAUUUCAACAGAAAAAGUUCACCACGGUCUUUAUGUUUCAUCCAUUUUGUUGGGUUGUGCACGCCAGUUGCAUUUUGAGGACAAAAAGUUGGUUUCAUUUUCUGGACUAUUCUGUUGUGCUGCUCUGUGGAGCCAGAAUUUAUCUUUAUUUAUUUUACGAAGCACUCUUAGUUAAUGUCAUCCAGUGCUCUGACAGUAAACCUGACUAUUUGUGUUCUCCAUUGACAUUGUACAGUGACACUAAUGACUUAGUUUAUUUUGCAAAACCUCUCUGCUGAUUUUCAGAGAAGGAAGAAAUUAAGGUCUCGAGGAGAUAGAAAUGGCAAGGUAAUAUUAUGAAACAUUAUCAAAUCUUAGAAACCUUUGUUCUGUACGGAAUAGCUCUUUCACAGGCUGUUAAACCUCACCUUUGAGAGAUUAGCUGGGACAAGGUAAAGAGCAAUAGGAUGUUGUUGUCAAUGUCACCCAGGUACUAGGAAACCCUUUGCACCCCUGGAAUGUGUGGGUCAGUCUCCUGAGGGUCAGGGGAUGAUGCAUGUGUGUCGUGACAAGGCUCCUACCCCUGACUUGACCAGGGACUUCAUGACCUAAUAGGAAAGGGCAAAUACCCACUGCAGCUGGUACACAAGGUCCUGGGAAAGGACAGUAAUCAAGAGAGAAUGAAGAAAGGAAAAGCCAAGGAGAACCCAUAUUGCCUAGCCUUAGACACCUCUGAGAGAGAUGUCUGGAUCUGAACUUAUCACUCUGGGUUCCCAUUAUUCUUGGUUGAAAGGCACAGACGAUAUUUGGGACCAUGCUCAGGCACCAUGCUGAGAAGAAGAUGGGUUGCCCUGGAUGGCCCUGCUCCUCUGCCUCCGUAACAGAGAAAUCCAGGGCAACAGCUCCAGCUCAGGCAUUUGUGAAACCUGGGCUGACAUCUCCCAUCCAACUUCAGCAUGAACAAGGCUUAGUCAACACUCCUGAUGUGUUUGUUUAUUGUCCUUGUCAUGGUCUAAAUCAGUGCAGGCUUCACACUACUGCUCUCCAGAGCAACAUGGUUGUUGGGUGCAGUUCCCUCAGCGCUGGCUGUGUUUCGAUGUGGGUCUCAGUUUCAAGCCGUGGGCUACCUGCAGGGCUGAGCCUGAGCCGCAGAGCCCCAGAACACUGUGCAAGGGGACAUUUCUCAUUGGGCACCUCCUGCGAUGGCUCAGCUUUAUUUCUACUGUAAGAAUCAGCAUUAUACCUGCAGUGCAAGGGCCAGCGUGCCUCCUCCAGUGGUUCCUCCUGCCUAUGUUUGCUGCGGUGACCAGUCUCCUCGUCUUGGAUACACUGGACCAUCCACAGAGAAAACUGCUGACCACGGGUCCGCUGCUGACCUCUGCAGAGCACUGCUUCCUUGGAUUCAUGAACUUUACUGCAACAGGGGCACAGGGGACUUGCCUUAAAUCCCAAAGAUCUCUGCUAGAGGACAGCUGGACCUCUUCACGCGUGCAUGGCACACCGGUACAGCCGCUUCCAAGGACAUUGUGGCAGGGGAAAGGUGGGUGUAGGGUAUCUGAGCUGGCCUGCUCUGAUGUCUUUAGCUGCACCGUGGUGUAAUUGGGGUCACAGGAGGAGUUCGUUACUGAUUUUCUGAGCAUGCAGGAACAGACAUUUAGAGGAACACAAAACACUGUGGAUACUAUUAUUACAAUGAGAGUUCUGCCUCCUCAUAUUCCCUGUUAAUUUAACUGGUUGUUGUAUACCUAUUCCUGUACUUCAGUUACACAGGACAGGUCCUGCCACUGCCUUUGGCUCUGCUACAUCCUACUGGUGGUGGCUGCAGCUUGGGCUGGGUGGGGUGAUCCCCUCCUUGACCGCAUGAUCCUCAUCCCCUUGAAAUGCUGUGUGACUUACAAACGGCCGUGUGUGGAUCUUCUGGACUAAGAAAAGGGAAGACUUGGAAAACCCAAAUCCAGAGCCAGAUGUUCUGCACUCUGGAGAGAGGUCAGGCCACCCAAUGUCCACCUGCAAUUCCGGAGAGGUUCUCUAAGGGAUAUUCCCUGAGCCUGGGAGCAGUCCAGCCCCAAGGCUGGGUUCACACAGGAACAGAGCACGGACUUGAGCUUUCUGCAGGCUUGCAAGUCUCCUCCAGGUCCUGCUUUGAGACCUCCAAAACCAGAUACAAUUAAGGAGGCCCUAGGUCCAUUUAUGUUCCCUCCUUGUGUCCUUUGACUUUCUAAAGGACAUGUAAAACUGGAGAGUAUAUGUUUAGGUUUAUGUAGAUUUGAGCACCAUACAUUAUAUUUUCCACCAAGUUUCUUCCUCAGUUUCUCACCUUUGUAUUAGCAAAUGCUGCUUUUAGAAAGAAUCAAGCCUGGGAACUGCAAAGGAAACAAAAUGAAAGACAUUUCUUUGCUCUAUGUGAUGCUAGUGCUGUAUGAAUGUACACACUGCAAGUUCCACUGUAAAUAACACCCAGUGUCGUGCAUUUAAUGAAAUGUUUCAUUUAGAUGUCCUGUCAGCUCUGUGUGGGAAAUAGCCAAUUCCACUCCCUUGGUUCCUUUUCUUAAUUUGAAACCUUUCUUCUUUUAUUUUAUUUUUUUUUUUAUUUGAUCUGUGUCUGGUUGUCACUGGAAAUUGCAGCUGUUCCAAUGGACUUUGUUUUUGUUCUCUCUGUCACAUUAAAAAGCUGGAAGAAAAAGAA